AACAGGAGGAAAUGUUUUGCAUGCUCUCAUGGUCUGGGCUUUUCCUGUCUUUGUUUUAUUAGAAACUGUCUUCGACUAGUUUCUGUUACUUGCUAUCCGAGCGUGAUGGAGCGUAUUGGGUUGUUUUGUCUCCUGUUGGGUGGAAGCGUACACAUGAUCAUCAGCGAGACUCUACAUCAGACUGAGAAAGAGGGAAACACCAUCGUCCUUCGCUGCGGAAACCUAACUAACGGUAAAGUGACGUGGAGCAGAGACACCGACGGACAGAGCGUGGACAUUCUGACCACUCAUAACGGACAGACGACCAAACACAUCGCUGAUCCAGACAAACAUUACAACUCAAGGAAUGAUCUAGUGCUGAUAAUAUACGGAGUCUCUCAGUCAGACGCUGGUAGAUACAACUGCAGUGGAGCUACAGUGGAGCUCAGUGUGACAUCAGGAAAAGGCCCUAAAACGACAAACACAACAGCACUGGAAUCUGAAACAACAACCGAAGAUCCAUCUGGAAGAACAACUGAAGAUCUGCAGAAUUUCCUGAUCACAGUAGCAGUGAGCUGCCUCGUUGCUGUGGCGCUGGUUCUGUACUUGUGGAGAUGUUUCUACAAAAGGAAAGCCGCGUACAUUGUCUCACAAAAUCAGGACGGCCUCUAUGACUCUACUGAAAACACCAUCCCAACCACACAACCUGCCAGGACAAAGGAACCCAUCUACUACCUGGCAACUGAUCCAGGAGCCCAGAUCACAGGUGGUUCUGAAACCAAGCAUGGACAAAAUGAAGAUCUGAAAAAUGACCCCGGCAGUCGUGUUCUGCAGAGCUGCCUGAUCAUAAUAGCAGCUGCCUGGUGUCUGUCGUGCUGGUUCUGUACUCAUGGAGAUGUUUUUACAAAACAAAGGCUGAAAAUGCUGUUUCACAAAAUCAGGAGCACCUCUAUGAGUCUAUUGAUAGCAGCAUGCCAACCAAACAACCUGGUAACCAGCAGUGUGUAUAUGAGAACAUGGGUCCCCUGAACAUCCACCUAUUACCUGAAGGAAAGAGUUGAGCAGCUAUAUGCUGAUAUCAAGAAGCGCACAAAACAAACCCUGGACUUUCACUUCAUUACUUUCACUUCAUUAUAAUGACCUCUGGUUUUUAUUAUAUUGUUCUGUUGUCUAACUGGCUGUGACUUUCAGAGUUAUUACACAGACUACAGAGUUGUGUAAAAUGAAAGAAACAAUCUGAUUCACGGUGCUCAAAGUUCUCUUCUGCAUCAGUAAAUUAAUUUGUAUGCAAAAUUAAGUUCCCUCCUACAUUAACAUUCAGGAUGUCUUCCUUUUACUUCUGUUUUAAUUCACUGUUAUUUUGCAUUAGAUGUUGUUUGUGUUCAUAAACACUAAACCUGACUCACCUCAUCAGCUAAUUUCUAAUAGAAUCAAGUGAAAACUUUAGUCAUAUGCAUAAACUAUAGACUUCUACAAUGUUUUAGUGUAUAUAAGGGUUUUAUUGUAUUAAAACUAAAAAUAAUGAAUGGUAAGUUAUUAAAAAGGUAUUUUUUUCCUCAAUGUUUUAAAUUCAAAUGUUUUAAAUGCUGUUCAUUAUAUUUAGUUGUUUGCACCCAAACCCAAGUGCCCCUGACCUGGGACAGCUCAUUAGAUUUUGAUCCUGGUAAACUUUCUCUUUUUUCUUUAUUAUAUUGUUGUUGUGUUACUUGCUGUU